GCUGCUAACAACUUCGCCAGAGGCCAUUACACUGUUGGGAAGGAGAUUGUUGACCUCUGCCUUGACCGUGUGAGGAAGCUUGCGGAUAACUGUACUGGCUUACAAGGCUUCUUGGUUUUUAAUGCUGUUGGUGGUGGUACUGGCUCUGGUUUGGGGUCUCUGUUGCUAGAACGUUUGUCUGUUGAUUAUGGAAAAAAAUCUAAGCUUGGCUUCACCAUAUACCCUUCUCCUCAGGUUUCUACUGCUGUUGUUGAGCCUUACAACAGUGUUCUUUCAACUCAUUCCCUUCUUGAACACACCGAUGUAGCUGUCCUCUUGGAUAACGAAGCCAUCUAUGAUAUUUGCCGCAGAUCCCUAGAUAUCGAAAGGCCUACCUACACGAACCUCAACAGGUUGAUAUCUCAGAUCAUCUCAUCCUUGACAACGUCGUUGAGGUUUGACGGAGCCAUCAAUGUGGAUAUCACCGAGUUCCAGACCAACCUUGUCCCUUAUCCCCGUAUCCAUUUCAUGCUGUCGUCUUACGCUCCGGUCAUCUCGGCAGCAAAGGCUUACCAUGAGCAGCUAUCGGUCCCUGAGAUCACUAACGCCGUGUUUGAGCCAGCUAGCAUGAUGGCCAAGUGUGACCCGAGGCAUGGGAAAUACAUGGCUUGUUGUUUGAUGUACCGUGGAGAUGUUGUUCCUAAAGAUGUU